AGUUUUUGACAGGUCAUCCCUACUUCAAUUUCGACCAACAGUAUUGGACAUGUCGUCCUAACUGCGUUACGACCGGUCUUUUUAAGUCAAACACGUUUUGCGGUACUUAUGAAUUUUUCACAAUGUCUAGUCAAACAACACAUCGACAUCGUAAACAGCACUUUCCUCGAUUGGAACGUCGCAAACUAGGCAUACAACUACUUCAGACUCCUACCUUUCAAGAUUAUGAUUCAGACGAUGAUCCUAUUUAUUUUACCAAGUAUUCACGAAGUUUACUUAUCUCUUCGCCUCAAAAAUCAUCCCGUUCAACGAAAGAGUCAAAAGAUACCGGAUGUGGUCGUACAGAUAAACGGGCUAGAGAUGAACACAAUGAACAAGAACGUAGUCGUCGACGAGAGCUUGCUGUUAUCUAUGAAUUGAUUCGAUGUAACAUUUCCUCAGAUGAUAUGCAUCUUCUUGAUCAAUUAAGCGGUCCUAAGUCUGUCGACAAAUUGUCUUACCCUCAAGUCUUACAAAUAGCUUACCAGUUAGUCUUGGAAGAAGAGCACAAUCUAGUUCUUUUCGAAAGAUCCUUAACUGAUAUUAAAUUGAUUGAAAAACAACUUUUACGUACUGGUAUCCCACUACCUGAAAGACCUAAGUGUCCUCCUAUAAUAGAUAAUUAUCGGAAAAUAGUUCAACUUGUAGAUGACUUACUUCGCCAAGAUAAAAUCUGUCGAUCUAUUGACGGUAUAUAUGAUGUAACUCCUGCAGAACGUGCAUCUAUCGGUGAUCAAGAAAUAUCCUAUCCUACAUCAAAUCGUAUCUCUUCUGAUACAGUUUAUUCCAAACGAAUUAGAGGACCACGAUCGUAUAAUUCUAAAAAGUGUUCAUCUUACCAUGAUAAUAAUCAUAAUAGUAAUCAUAAAAACAAUAACAAUUAUUAUUUUAAAUCCGAAGAAACUGAAAAUUGUUUAUCGAAUUGGUCAAAUACACCUGUCAAUCCGUGUAAAGUGAAACGAUCAUUUUCUUCAGCUUCUCUUUAUGACGACGAUGAUGGCUGCGAUAGUGAUGAUAAUGAUAAUGAUGGUGAUGAUGAAGAGGAAGAGGAAGUUGCAGCGGCGGUAGCCUUCAAGGUGGAGAAAGAGGAAGAAGACGAAGAGCAGGAAGAGGAGGAGGAGAACGAUACAGACUCAAAUCUUUUAUCCCCAUCACCUACAUCAAUUAUUAAUGAUCAAAAUCCGUGUAUGUGGUUAGAUAAUUAUGAAUUUCUUGAUAUCUUAACAAAAAUUAAAGAGGAUCCUGAUUAUACAAUUGACAAUUUUGAUACAACCUGUGACGAUGAAUUCAGUAAUGUUGUAGAUCUUGAAAAUUUAAUAAAGAAUUUUAAAGCUGAAGAACCAAUUUACUAAAAUUACUCAUGGAUAUAUAUAUAUAUAUUACUUGUGUAUAUAUUUUAUAUAUACUUGCGCGUAUCAAUUAUCAUUAUUAUUAUUAUUAUCGUGCCUUAUUUUUAUCUAUGCUGAAUAGUCCUUUUAUAUACUUUCGAAAUACUUUUCACCUGUUCACUGUACUUUGUAAUCAUUACUAUUAGUAUUGCCACUAGUUAUUUUAUUAAUUAAUUGAUGAUCAAGGCUAUAUUUGUUUCUGUAUUAUUAUUAUUUUUUUAAAUUUUUUUUAAAGUAUUUAUUUUAUAUCAAAAUAACAUGUGUAUCAUCUACCAGGUGUAAUAAAAAUUAUUAUCGCCAGUAGUAGGAAUAGUAGUAGUAGGGUGUUGUAUGUAUCCAUGAUUAACCUACCAUAAUGUACUAUUACGACGACGACGACUACUGCUGUUACGCAUCUCAGCGACUAAGUUGACUUUGUAUUUUAUUCAUAUUUCAACUGACUUUUUUUUAUUUAUUUUCUUGUUUCUUUAUUUUUAUUUGUUGUUUUUCUUUUCAAUCCGGGGAACAACAUCAACACGCUCAAUCACACAUACAUACACACGCACACUCGCAUACAGACAUUCGCAUACAUGUUCACUUUUUUUUACUCAUCUACUUAUAUCUAUCUGCUUAGCUCACCUAACUAUUAAUUAAUUUAUUUGUGGAUAAAAAAAAACCAAAUUGACUUUUCUCA